UUUCAUCUGAUAAUUUUACUUGUAAUACUUGGAGUAAUACUUGAAGGAGGCUAACAUUUUCUUGAUAAUACUUACAUACUUUUACUUAAGUAACAUUUACAUCGCAGGACUACUUUUACAGUGUGGUAUUAAUAUUUUUGCUAAAGUAAAGGAUCUCAGCACUUCCCCCACCUCAGGCUUCUUACCUGUAUAGCUCCAUCUCUGGUGAAGUUAUAUAAAUACACCCUAAGAGGUGUGACCUUUGAGUUCUAAACAUGGCUACUAUGAAGACAGCACUUACCGCUCUUUUAGUUGCUGCCUUUGCAGUGUUCAUUGGAAACAGAUUUCUGAAACUUAAGGAAAUAGCCCUUGCCUCCAGAGAAGUGCCUGUGAAACACCUCAACUGUCAUUACUUAAAGAAUAUAGAAUAUGGAGCAGAGGAUAUCACAAUACUAAGAGAUGGACUGACCUUUUUAAGCACAGGACUGAAGUAUCCUUCAUUACCUUCAUUCUCUGAUGAACCAGGGAAAAUGUACAUUUUGGAUCUGCUGCACCCAAAGCCAGUUCCAGUGGAGUUGCAAAUCAAGGGAGACCUGGACCUCAGCUCCUUUAACCCUCAUGGUAUUAGUGUCUACACUGAUGAUGCAGAUGACUCAGUGUACCUCUUUGUUGUCAAUCACCCUCAGCACAAAAGCCAAGUAGAGAUUUUUCAUUUUGUCCAGGAGGACACGCUGGUGCACUUAAAAACUAUUACCCACCCCCUCCUCCACAGGUACGUAGGAACAGUUAAUAAUCUCACACAUUUUACAUUUGGCAAUCUCUGUAGACAUUUUAACUUAUUCAUCGUGUCUUUCAGCGUAAAUGACAUUGUUGCAGUCGGAGUGGAGAGCUUCUACGCCACAAAUGAUCACUCCUUUCCCAAUGAGGCGCUUAACUUUCUGACAGUCAUCCUGGGUCUCCCCUGGUGUGAAGUGGUGUACUACAGUCCAGAGGAAGUGAGGGUGGCAGCGGGAGACUUUAUGAGCGCAAAUGGCAUCAACAUAUCGCCUGACAAACGGUAUAUUUAUGUUUCAGAUAUCAUAGACCAUGAGAUUGAUGUUUUUGAGAGAAAAGAAGGGGAACAGUUAGUGUAUCUUAAGUCUGUAACUGUUGGGUCGCUCUGUGAUAACAUCGAGGUGGACCACAGGACAGGUGAUGUAUGGCUGGGUUGUCAUCCAAAUGCCAUGAAGUUGUCAAACUACAACCUUGAAGAUCCACCAGGUUCAGAGAUCAUCCAGAUCAAGAACAUUCACUCAGAGCAUCCGGUGGUGAGCCAGGAGUAUGUUGAUGAUGGCCAUGUGAUCAUGGCCUCCGCUGUAGCAGCUCCCUAUGAGGGAAAGUUGCUCAUAGGAAGCGUUUUUCACAAAGCCCUGUACUGUAAUUUGAAAUAAUCUGCAUAUUAUCUAUCUGCGGUUAAAAACUAGAAAUGUUGUAGCAAAAGAUUUGGAUGGAUAUGGAAAGAAAAAAAAUAAAACUUUGAUUUACCAUUUGCAAA